AUGUGGGUUAGGGAAUGGAUUGCCAAAAGAGAAGAAGAGGGAGUUUAUGCAAAGUUGUUGAAAGAACUUGAGUAUCAAGACGUAAGUUCUUAUGAAAAUUUUAUAAGAAUGACCCAUCAGGAUUUUCAGCAUUUGCUGGAACGAAUUGCUCCAAGAAUUACAAAACAAGAUACUCACCUAAGAAAAUCAAUAUCACCAUCUGAGCGGUUAACACUGACACUGAGAUUUCUUGCUACUGGUGACAGUUAUCAGUCAUUAAGUUAUUUGUUUCGGAUUCCACCAACAACUAUUUCUCGCAUUGUUCCGGAGGUGUGUGAUGCUCUGUACUUGGAAUUGAAAAAUGAUUAUUUGAAGAUUUCUUGUACAUCAGAGGAGUGGGAAAAUGAAGCAAAGCGAUUUGAUGCUACUUGGAACUUUCCAAAUUGCAUAGGAGCUAUUGAUGGAAAACAUGUGGUAAUGAAGGCACCAGAAGACUCAGGAAGUCUAUAUUAUAAUUACAAGGGGACACAUAGCAUUGUAUUAAUGGCUCUAGUGAAUGCUGAUUACAAAUUUUUGUACAUAGAAGUAGGUUGUAAUGGGAGAGUGUCAGACGGGGGUGUAUAUGCAAUUGUUCACUAUCUAAGUGUUUGA